AUGGCACGUGGACUGGGCGGAGGAUAUGGCAAAGGCGGAGGCGGAGGACCGGGCAGCUUGGGGAAGCGGACGUCGGCGUCGCGCCUGCACAGCGUCGAGCAGAUGCCCGUGAUAUCGGAAGGCGCGGCGGACGCGGCAGACCAGCAGAUUCUCGAGAAGUCGUCGGAUCCGUUCUCCUCGUCCCCCUCGACGCCGCAGAUCCCGGCCAAGUCGCACGCCCGCCGGUCUGCCGCCCUGCGUGACGCGCAGUUCCCGUACCCCGGCAGUCCGCCGCCGGCGUACCGCUCGACGACGCCGUCGACAAGCGACCCAAGUAAUAGCACGAGAAGCUAUGAUGUCGGGCCGCAGGAUCCUUUGCCAAAGGACAGGCGACCAGGGUGGAUGGUUAAGAGAGGCGGGUGGUGGAAGAUUGUGCUUGGGGUCGUCGUUGGUGUGAUCUGUGUCGUCGCCCUUGCCGUCGGUCUCGCAGUCGGGCUGCGGCGUUCGAGCUCCGCCUCCAGCAGCGGCAACAACGACAACAGCGGCAGCAGCAACAACCAAGGAAACAGCGGCCCGGCCUUCCCCGCAGGAUCCUACGCCUUCACCACGGCCCUGGACAAUGUCAGCACGGCAUGCACAACAGAGACGUCGGCGUUCCGGUGCUACCCAUACACAACCUACGCGCAGUCCAACUCGUCGUCAAAGGCCGUAUUCUUCUGGACAAUCGCCCAGUCGUCCUCGUCGUCACAGCCUCCCGCCUACAAGAUCUCAGCCGCCCGCAACCCCUUCGUCCCCCAGUUCGACAAUGUCGACAUGCAGUUCCUCGAACCCGGCAGCGCCAACGAGCGGCUCGUCUUCCAGUUCCCCAUGAACGCCGCCGUCGUGCCCAGCCCGCCUUUGUCCGUCCAGCAGACUGGCGGCACUGCCAGCGGAAGUGCUGGGACGGUGACGUGCUACUACAACAACACCAUCAUGGGCGCGACGAUAUACACCCGCCGCGCCGCGACCUACCCAGUCGGCCUGAGUUCGCCGGUGCACAACAAUGCCGCCAGUGGUAGCGGCAGCUCCACCAGCACUAGCAGCACCAGCAGCACCACGUUCGACCCGUGGCCGUACGCAGUGGACGUGCGACAGAUCGCGACCGCGGGCCAAGGCGUGCCGGACUGUCGGGACAGCCAGGGGAAUCCCGUGGGGAACCUCACUGUGUUGGACAGCUCGGCGGCGUGCAGUUGCACAUAUCAGAACUAUGACCUUUGA